ACGGAAGGCAACCGCUCUCAUAGGAUUGUGGGUGAGGGUGUAUAAAUCUCUUUGCAAAGCUAUUCAGCAAUAGCUAGGGAACUAUAAAAUAUAUAUAUACAUUUGACCCCCAAAUUUCUCUAUAAUUACACAACGGAAAUAAUGGCACAGGUGCACCACCUGUGUUGUCUGUUGAGACAAGAAUGGGAGCAGGGACUUCCGUUUCAGCUCAGGGUACAUAAAGAUGGAAAGAGCAUCGCUGCCACCCUCAUAACACAAAUCACGCUGAACAAUCUCCUGUCACGUUCUUCAAAACAAAAAUAACUCAAUAGAGAACCUCCGCGAGACAGAUGAGAACCAAGACCAAAGUCCCCAGGUUCAAAGUCCCCGGCUUCAAACUCCGCACUCAACGACCCCGGGCUCCCAAGACGUCUCCUCUCAGCUCCUCAGACCGGCCAGGGCCCCCCUCACCUCUUGCAGAAGUUUCCUUUCCCGCAGCUGGACGCCGCCCAGUCGCGGAUCAGAUUCACUUUCCAGUUACCCUUUCCGCCUCGGUCCCGCCUUCAAGAAGACCAACCCCCUCCCCCCCCCCCCGCACCGAUAGAAAAGGGCAGCCGCAGCGCGGGAGCACACGCCCGUGCCCACGGACACGCCCGCGCCCACGGACACACCCGCGCCCACGCACACGGACGCGCUCGGGCGCGCGCCGCCGCUUGUCAGCUCGUGCUCCCGGUCCUGAGGAGAAAGCCCGAGGGGCUGCGGCUUCCCUCGCCGACCCCGCCGCCAUGAGUGAAAUUCCUGAGGAUGCCUUGAAGGCCAUUCUGUUGGAGUUGGAAUGUCACUUUACGUGGAAUUUACUUAAAGAAGACAUUGAUCUCUGUGAGGUGGAAGACACAAUUGGGCAACAGCUUGAAUUUCUUACCACAAAAUCCAGACUUACUCUUUAUAACCUAUUGGCGUAUGUGAAACACCUGAAAGGCCAAAAUAAAGAUGCCCUAGAGUGCUUGGAACAAGCAGAAGAAAUAAUCCAGCGUGAACACUCAGAAAAAGAAGAAGUACGAAGUCUGGUCACUUGGGGAAACUAUGCCUGGGUGUAUUAUCACAUGGACCAGCUUAAAGAAGCUCAAACGUAUAUAGACAAGGUAGGGAAUGUCUGCAAGAAAUUGUCCAGUCCUUCCCACUACAAGUUGGAGUGUCCUGAGAUUGACUGUGAGAAAGGGUGGGCACUCUUGAAAUUUGGAGGAAAGUAUCACCAGAAGGCUAAAAUGGCUUUUGAGAAGGCUCUGGAAGCGGAACCUGACAAUCCAGAAUUUAACAUCGGCUAUGCCAUCACAGUGUAUCGGCUGGAUGAUUCUGACAGAGAAGGGUCUAUAAAGAGCUUUUCUCUGGGGCCUCUGAGGAAGGCUGUUACCCUGAACCCAGAUAACACCUACAUUAAGGUUUUUCUGGCACUGAAGCUUCAAGAUGUUCAUGCAGAAGCUGAAGGGGAAAAGUAUAUUGAAGAAAUCCUGGACCAAAUAUCAUCCCAACCAUAUGUCCUUCGUUAUGCAGCCAAAUUCUACAGGAGGAAAAAUUCCUGGGACAGAGCUCUUGAACUUUUGAGAAAGGCCUUGGAGGUGACACCAACCUCUUCUUUCCUGCAUCACCAAAUGGGACUUUGCUAUAGGGCACAAAUGAUCCAGAUCAAGAAGGCCACUCGCAACAGACCUAAAGGAAAGGAUAAACUGAAAGUUGAUGAGCUGAUUACAUCUGCCAUAUUUCAUUUCAAAGCAGCUGUGGAGCGAGACUCUAUGUUUGCAUUUGCCUACACAGACCUGGCCAACAUGUAUGCUGAGGGAGGCCAGUAUAACAAUGCUGAAGAGGUUUUCCAGAAAGCCCUUCGUCUGGAGAACAUAACUGAUGAUCACAAACAUCAGAUCCACUACCACUAUGGCCGCUUUCAGGAAUUUCACCGUAAAUCAGAAAAUACUGCCAUCCACCAUUAUUUAGAAGCCUUAAAGGUCAAAGACAGGUCAUCCCUGCGCACCAAACUGACAAGUGCUCUGAAGAAAUUGGCUACCAAGAGACUUGGUCACAAUGCUUCAGAUGUGCAGAGUUUAAGUGCCCUAGGGUUUGUUUACAAGCUGGAGGGAGAAAAGAGGCAAGCUGCUGAGUACUAUGAGAGGGCCCAAAAGAUAGAUCCAGAAAAUGAAGAAUUCCUUACUGCUCUCUGUGAGCUUCGACUUUCCAUUUAAAUGCAUACUCUAGGAAAUUAGUUCUAAGCUUUUCUCUUCCUUUUGGGUUCUUAUAUUUUUGUUUAUUGAUUUAAUCCGUUGUGCAUUACAGAACCAAUUUUUAUUCAAUGGUCAUUGUGUACCAGGCAUCAUGCUACAUACUUCAUAUACAUUAUGAUGACUCUUUUGCUGUUUUAUAUUUUAUUUAAUUAAAAUACUGUAAUCCAUUGAGAAACAGCAGCCUUCUAGCUGUUGAAAUUUUUAAAAAUAUUGUGGCCGUUAUGACUUUAUACCCUUUUAUCUCUGCUAUUUAUAAUAAUUUUCUGAUUAAAUUUUGUCAGAUUUCACAUAUUACUCAUUUAUGCAGUGAGUAUAAUCCUGCAUAAACCUUUGAGCCUAGGUCAGGAGCACUCUUUCAGAAAUACACAAUUAUAUUAGUUAAGCUCUUAACUAUGCAGCUUGCAAAAGAUGGAACCUUCCAGUUACAGACGUUCUGACUUUGAUGAGGAUAUUUAACCAUCAACCUGAUGGUCACCUAAAGAAUCCUCUUUGUUGAAAGAAAAAAGUUGAUAAAAAUAAAUAAGUUUGUCAUUUCUGAUGAGUUCAAUAAAAGGAGAUGAACUAGAGCAUGAGAAAAAAGAUUUCCUCAAAUACAGAGCUUUAGGGCCCCAGGAGAAAUCUGAAGUAUUAUAUCCCAAAAUGUUCAUUAAGUAGCUAGAAAUAGUUCUGAGGAAAAAAAUGAAUAAUUAAAAAUUAUUAGUCUCAAGUUUCUCGGGUUCUUUUAACUAGAAGAAUAAACCUAAACUGAAUCUAGUUGGAAUUACUUUUAUUCUUUCCAAUUAAAAUUGCAGUAUUUUUUGUUACAGUCAUUGAGAUAGAAAGCAAACCAAUUGAGAAACUGGGAGAAAUGAUAAAUAAAGGGGUAAAGUAGAUGUCCCUAACCUAUAUCCCUAGAUUGCCAAGAUUUCAGGCAUUUAGUUUGGGGUCUGAACUGGGUAGAGUUGUCAUACGCACAAUAUCUGGCCUUUGGUUAACUGUUUGAGUAUUCCAGAGUUAACUUCUUGGAAGCUUUUUCUUUUGUCUGAAGCGUUCAGAUUGAUAUGUUUUGCUAUAGAUCCUGCAGGAAUAGUUAAGCCUUGCUUUCAGUUUUAAUAUCCACCUUGAAGAGUCACUGCUUAAGGGCUCUUAUCCCAGGGCACUUUUUAAUUUGGGAUGUUACUAAAAGCCGCUUCUGUAAUGUUUCUUUGAUUAUAGACUACACAAUUAUAUUUACCACCACAGCAUUAAUGGAAAGGUGUGCCAUGUGAUUUAAUUCUCCAUCCUGCCAGUGUGGCUCUUAAAACUACUAUGCAUGUAUGUGUGUGUUUACUUUUUGUUACUACUUUUUCAUUUUUAAAAUUUAUAUCGUUGUAAUUAUUAUAAAAGUAAUGAAUUCUUAUUGUAAAAUUUUAAAUAUACAGAAGUAUAUAAAUUUAAAGGUGAGAGCAACCCCUCAGCCUACCCCAGUUACCCCCCUCAAAGUAAACUAUUAACAAUUUGAUAUAUAUCCUUCCAGAUAUUUUUUCCUAUGUAUAUGCAAACAUACAUAUAUAUUGCAGUGUAUCUCAUGAAGUAAAUUUUUUAAAAUGUUUGUUUUA